GACUGAAUUGGUUCUGGUAUAAGAUUCUACCACGUGCGUAGCGUUUAUCUCACGCACUCUCGGAAUCCCAAUUCUAACCAGAAACUCGAAUUUCAACGCUGAAAUAUUUGGAAUCAACGAGUGUUCUGUCUUCCGGGAUAUCCCUACAGGAAGUGGACAGUUGCGUGUGACUUACGAAAACAACAGGAAUGCAUCGCCCAUAUAUAUACGGUACAGGGUCGGGUUUCAGUGCCAGUCGUCAAAAAUUUCGGAAUGAAGGCACAGUUAGCGGUACUGUUUGGGCUCGUUGCACUGCUGGUCGAUGUGUCGGCAUUCGUGGCUCAAUCAUGCGGUUCCAACGAGAUUCUGGCGAGUAGUCCUCCCUCUUGUGAAUCUACCUGCUACCAGGCUUGCGCUUCAAGCCCGACUGGAGUGUAUGAACCAACGUGCGUUUGCAUGCCCACAUUUGUGCGAAACAAUGGGCAGUGCGUUCCGAAGGCGUCCUGUCCGUCUGUAGUUGUGGCCAUGCAUCCUAUGCUUUCAGCAAUGGCUGGAUCUUCUGGAGAUGUAGCUUAUAUUGGGUCAUCUGGGACCGCGCCUCAGCAACCUGCUCAAGGAGGAGCUCUGCCAGGAUUGUUAUCAUCCAUGUUCGGUUCGGGAAGUGACUCUUCGGUGGAGGGACCUGUUAUGACUCAGUUAGGAGGUAGCUCACCCUCUGGUCAUGGCAGCAUGAUAAAACAACUGGCCUCUGAAGUGGCAGCAAUACUUCAGUCUGGAGCCGCAUCCUCGACAAGUGCUUCUGAUAAAAGUUUCUCAAAUGAGAUCCCGUCUUCUGGUGGUCCAGCCCUUCAGAAUCCACCAGUUUCUAGUGCUUCAACAGGUUCACAAAAUGUGCCAUAUCCUCCUCUUAAUCCGGCUGCGUUGAAGGCGGACUGCAAAUACAGCGGUAAGGAAAAUUAGACUUCAAAUCAAUAGCUCUGCGUAUAAUCCCACCCCAACAAUUUCCAGGUGUUUGCCCAAUAAACCAGGUCCAAGUGCGCAAGAAGAUCUGCUGUGAACCGACCUGCUUCGACGAUUGCACCGGCGAUGCCUGCACGUUCACCAACAAUACCGUCCCCAACUGCGUCUGCUUGCCGGGGUACG